AUGCACCUCCCAUUAAUUAUCAUACUCGGCAAGACAGGCGCGGGCAAAAGUACUCUCGGAAAUCUACUGCUACACGGAGAUUCUGAGGAAGAAACGUUCAAAGUCGGUCAUGGGGCUGAUUCAGGCACGCAAGACUUUGAAUCACACGAAGUCGUAAUAGAAGAUCAGAAGUAUUUUAUUUGCGACACACCAGGGUUCCUAGAUACGCGUGACGAUGUCAGCAUUGGCAGAACAUUUGAAGUUUUCAGGCAGAACCUCCAAUCGAUAAGCGAAAUCAAAGCGUUUUUGCUUGUGCUGGAAUUGGGUAGAAUGACAGCCGAGCAGAAAUCUCUCAUAGAAGGUAUGUCCACUUUUCUGGGUGAAAAAGCAAAGAGGAAUACGAUCCUUGUAUUCACGCAUCUAAGCAAUCCCGAAAACAUGAUGAGAGAUGAUGUUGUCGAAAAGGAGUUGCAUGAACUGCAGCGCAAAUUACUGAACGAGACGAAAAACGGAUUUGUUUCUUAUGCCUCGCCCCACUUGUACAAAUAUCUUGGCCAACAUUUUGACAGCAAUACGAAACGACUAAAGACCAUGAUUAGCAAGAUGGAGUCAAUAACUGGAAAUGACAUAAUACAUAUGGAUCCGGAUGGUGCAUGUAAGGUUUUAGAACAGACCGAGUUGAAAAAAAGGGUAGAAGUGUUGGAGGGAAGGCUAAAAGAUAUCGACAAUUUAAAGAAAGAUCACGAGAGUAUGAAGGAAGAGUUUCAGAAAUUCCGUGAGAAAGAUAAUACGCCCGCUCCUCAAUCUGAAUGCUUUGAUCUAAACACUCGAGUGUUACUUGAAAACAACGAGUAUAUCCCAAUGAAAGACGUUCGUCUUGGCGAUAGAAUCUGUUCUGGAAUGCAAAACGGGAAACUUCAAUUCUCUGAAGUCUAUCUCAUUACACAUCAUGAAGAGAUUGCAACGACGGAAUACCUUAAAAUCGGGUAUAACAGUGGAUCAGAAUCAGGUGUCCUUCGUCUGACUGCAUCGCACCAUAUUUUUGUGAAUGGAGACAGAACAACCGACUUUGCUCAUAAUCUGAAACCGCUGGAAAGCAAGAUUCUUGUUUUCAAUGGUCUUUAUUUAGGCACUGGGAAGGAAUUGACCCUUGUCACAGUAACUAGCGUCACCAGAGUACGUGGAUGA